UGAGCAAAAACCACCACCCUGCGGCAGGAGCAGGACCGCGGGCGGGAGAGAGCUUUCUAUUCCCCUCCCCCUCCUCCUGUGGAAAGCAAAGCAGCAGCAGCAGAAGCCGGAGGAGCACAGUGAGCCAACAAAGAGGACCCAACAGAGCCCAAAAGCGACCGAUCCAGGCAGCCCCGGCUCCCUCAAAGGCGAGGCAGCAAAGCCUUCCGCCCGAGCACCCGCUGCUCCCUUGCCUUGGACACUUGCGGGAUUCGUAGGGCCUGAGGAACGGCGUGGGAGGAGGAAUGUGGACGCGUUGUUUAUGGUACUAGCGCGAGCGCUGGACACGAGACACUGCGUGAUUCUUUCUUUCUUUCUCGGUUUACCGGUGGGCGCUGCGGCGAGGGAGAGCAAGGAAAUUUAUUACGGAAGAUCUCCCUCCGUCAGGAUCAAGGAGGACAGGCGGCGGAUUAAGAAAUAGCGGCAGGGUGGGGAGGAGGGGGUGGGGCUGUGUCAGCUUUGUGCUUUGUGGGUGUCCGUCCCUCCCCGCCAUUGUUUACUCCCCCUGAGGCGCUUGUGCUCUCCUCGCCGCCACACCAGCCCGCAUAAGUAGGCCGGGGUGGGGUGGGAGUGUGCCUCCCUCAAGGACCGAUCCUUGCCGCUAUUGUUUCCGUUGUACGAGCGCCGGGCCGGGCACGUUGCCAUAUUCCAUCUUCCCCCCCUUCCGCCGCCCACCACCCCAACCUGCCCACCGGCCUAGCUACUCAAGUUGCUUCUGUUCCUUGUACUUGCUGUUCCUUUGCCGUCUGGUCCUGGAGCCGUUGUUGCCGUUCCUUCCCUGGACAAGUAGUAUGAUGGGUUAGCACACAAAGUCUUCUUUUUCUUCCCCCUCCUCCUCCUCCUGCAGUGGUGCUCUGGUCUGUGUGUGUGAGCGCAUUGGCCUGGGGGAGUGAGAGGCUGCAAGGUGGUGCGCAUACUCUGUUUCUUUCAAGAUGAAGUUCAUGAAGCUUGGAUCGAACCCGGACACCUUUCAGGACGAUGGGGGCGAAGUCAGAAUUGUGGAAUCUGAAUUGGUUAGCGAUAUCACUGUUCGUCUAGGGAACACAAAGUUUUACCUUCACAAGUUUCCACUUCUAUCCAAGUGUGCUCGCUUUCAGAAGUUGAUCCCAACUACUGGUGAUGAAAAUAUUGAUAUCCACAUCCAUGACAUUCCUGGUGGCUCAAAGGCUUUUGAGAUAUGUGCCAAGUUCUGCUAUGGCAUGGUUGUCACACUCAAUGCGUACAAUGUCGUUGCUGCCCGCUGCGCAGCGGAGUACUUGGAGAUGAAUGAAACUGUCGACAAGGGUAAUCUGAUCUACAAGAUUGAUGUCUUCCUCAGCUCAAGCAUAUUCAGGAGUUGGAAAGAUUCUAUUAUUGUCCUUGGGACAACAAAGGCUCAUUUACCAUGGUCAGAGGAUCUUAAGCUGGUUAGCCACUGCAUUGAUUCCAUUGCUUCAAAAGCCUCUGUUGACACCUCCAAGGUUGAAUGGUCAUAUACGUACAAUCGCAAGAAGCUCCCAACUGAGACUGACCUUGAUAUGCAAUGGAAUGGAGUAAAGAAGCAGCCGUCCGUGCCAAAGGAUUGGUGGGUCGAGGAUCUCACAGAUCUCGACAUCGAUUCCUACAAACAAGUCAUAUCAGCAAUCAAAACAAUGGGUAUGGUGCCCAAGGAUGCUGUUGGUGAGGCAAUCAAAGCCUACACAUACAAGAAGCUGCCCUCAUUAAGCAAGGUUUCAAUGAUCCAUGGUGAUGCAAAGGUGCGAGCGAUGCUAGUUACCAUCACAUGCUUGUUACCAUCAGAGAAAGGCUCAGUCUCAUGCAGCUUCCUGCUAAAGCUACUGAGGGCAACCAAUUUGCUUAAAUGUGGAGAGAUGUGCAGGAAAGAGCUUGUGAAGAGAAUUGGACGGCAACUGGAUGAAGCAUCCGUGUCAGAUCUUCUUAUUCCUACCGUAGAUGGGGAGACAACUGUUUAUGACGUUGACAUGAUCCUCAGUAUCGUCGAAGAGUAUGUGAAGCAAGAUAGCAAAAAUGCUCAGAAACAUAAUGCUGAAGUGAACGGUCAUGUGCAAGCCCCUAGUGCAUCUAUGAUCACAGUAGCAAAAGUCGUUGAUGGUUAUCUCACCGAGGUUGCAAAGGACCCAAAUACCCCUGUUUUGAAGUUCAUCAAUCUUGCGGAGGCAAUUUCAGGCAAUUCAAGGCCUUUCCAUGAUGGGCUAUACCGCGCCAUUGACAUGUAUCUGAAGGAGCACCCAAGCCUAAGCAAGAGCGAUAAGAAGAAGCUUUGCUGCCUCAUGGACUGCAAGAAGUUGUCCCCUGACGCAUGCGCUCACGCCGUCCAGAACGAGCGCCUCCCUCUGAGGACCGUGGUUCAGGUGCUAUACCACGAGCAGACAAGGGCAUCGGCGGCAGCGACCGUCCGAGCUGACAGCAUCUGCAUCGGCUCCUACGAGAGCUCGAGGUCAGGCGCCACAACCAACACUGAAGACGAGUGGGAUGGAGUCAUAGCGGUGGAAGACCUCAGCCUUUCAUCAAAGACCACGAAGCUAGAGAAAUGCCACAGCACCGAGAAGAGCCACGGCAGCAGCAAGAGCACCGCCAACGGCAAGGCCAAGGGCGGCGCGACGCCGAAGAAGGUCCUGGGGAAGAUGCUAUCGAGCAAAGCGCUGACCGGGGAGCGGAGCAGCUCGGACUCGUCGGACAGCGCCAUCUUGCGGAGCCAGGACCAUCCCAAGAGGACUCCGUCCAGGAGCACCAAGCCGUCGGCUGCUGCCUAGUCCCUGCAUCUCAUCUAAAGAGUGGUGCUUGCCUAGUCCCUGCACCUCAUCUAAAGGGUGGUGCUUGGGGUUUUAGCUGCUGCUGCUGCUGCUGUCUCUUCUUCUUUAUGAAUGUUGCAUAGAAGCAAGAACUAAUGUUUUUACAAGUCUGUAGGGAUGUUAUAAUGUCAGGUCUGCUUUUAGGGGGAUCUUGUUGAUUAGCAUGUAGGCCUUGCCAUGAAACCUGUGAGACCUUUGGCGCUGCUGUGAGGUUUUAUGCCAUUCACUCCUGGUAGUUAUAAGAGGCCUAAUGUGUUGGAACCAUAA